AUGGACCAGAUUACAAAGGAGGCCAAUCCAGAUCCAGAGAAACUCAAUGAACUCAUGUUUGCAGACAACUUGGCAAUGAUGAACAGCAAAACACAACUGCAGAAGCAUACGAAGCAACUAAACGUGAGGUUCGAGAAAUAUGACAUGAAGAUAGGUGUUAGCACGACCGAGAUCAUGACAGCAGGACACCAGACGAACUGGAUAUCCGCAUCAUAUAAUGAUGACGUGUUGCUACCGCCCCAGCUGCUGACUGUGUUCUCGGCCUCUGGCUACUACGAGGAGAACAGCAACAAGGGCGCCUAUGCCAAGGUCAUGCGGCAGACGAACAAGGUGAAGAUCGAGCAGGAGCCCGGAGUACCGGAAGUACAGCUGGUGCAGUACAUGGCGCCCAGUCGCGGGUCGCGCCGGCUCACAUUCACAGAGCGAAUCAGCCACCUGGAGAGGUCCGCCUUACAGAAUGUGAAAGAGUUAAUCCUGGCCAACCAGUCGUGCCUGGAGGCAGAGUUUGCCAAGUUGGACCCCGAGGAGACAGGCGAGAUCUCUGCAUGUGCCUGGUGCCAGGUGAUGGAGUCGGUGCUGGCCCUAGACGUGCCGUGGCGCAUGCUCCGCUCCCGACUGGUCAGUUCCCGCGCCCGGGCGGGUCAGCAGAACGUCCUGUACCACUCCACCUUCCUGGAGCGGCGCGCUAGUCUGAGGGAGUCGAUGGUCAGUACAUGGGGCCUGGCUGGGCCUGUGUCUUCUCUCCGUCCGUCUCCUCCUGGCUCUUUCCUUCUGUUCUCUAUCGAGAACACGACAUAUUCUCAAGUCAUUCUCUUUUGUUGUCUUUGA